CGAGAGCGUGUUGAGGAUGAUGUUGUUCGUCGUGCGUGAGGGUCGACGACGACGACGUUUCGUAGCACGGCAAGAUCCGUCGACGAUGUGCUGUCUACGUAGUGCGGCGAGAAACUUCGUGUUCGCGUAACGCGAGUUGAAAAACGGAACGAAAAAGUGAUAAAGAUACGGUACACCAUCUCGCAACGAAGUCCAUGCGUUUCAUAUAGCCAUGGCUUCAGUGAAGGUAGCCGUGAGAGUUCGUCCCUUUAACAAAAGGGAGUUGGCGAUGAAUGCAAAGAUGAUCGUACAAAUGGAUGGCAAGAAGACACGGAUAUUUAACACUAAGACACCUGGUAGUUCCAGAGAAAUCGACAGGGAGAAAUACAAAGACUUCACGUUUGAUCACUCUUAUUGGUCCUACGACACAAACGACGAGAACUAUGCGUCCCAGGAAGAGGUUUUCUAUGAUCUUGGUACGGACGUAAUAGAAAGUGCCUUUGAGGGCUACAAUGCCUGCGUCUUUGCCUACGGCCAGACAGGAUCUGGCAAGACCUUCACUAUGAUGGGCACACCGGAGGCUCAGGGAUUGAUACCACGGAUUUGUAAGACACUGUUCGCCAGAAUGGCAGCUGGAAAAGAGAGCGGUGCAUCGUACAGAACUGAGGUAUCUUUCUUGGAAAUACAUAAUGAGAGAGUGAAGGACUUACUGCGACUGGACCAGUCACAGUCUCAUUCUCUCAGAGUUCGAGAGCAUCCGAAGAGAGGGCCUUAUGUUCAAGACUUGUCUAGCCAUCUCGUGUAUGAUUAUUCAGACAUUCAGGAAUGCAUGGUGAGAGGUAAUACGCACAGAACUACAGCAAGCACAAAUAUGAACGAUGUGAGCAGUAGGAGUCACGCGAUUUUUACGAUCACGUUCGUGCAAGCUGGACUAUCUGAGGGUAAUAUGCCGUCGGAGACCGUUUCCAAGGUGCAUCUUGUCGACUUGGCUGGAAGCGAACGUGCAAACGCAACGGGUGCAACGGGCCAGCGACUAAAAGAGGGUGCGCACAUUAAUAAGUCAUUGGUGACUUUAGGUUCUGUGAUAUCAGCGCUUGCGGAAUUGAGUUCUGCAGGCGAUGCAUUUUCUUCCUCUAAGCGUAACGUCUUCAUACCUUAUCGAGACAGUGUGCUGACGUGGUUGCUAAAGGAUUCGCUUGGAGGUAACUCUAAGACGAUUAUGAUAGCUGCUAUUAGUCCAGCUGAUUGUAAUUACGGUGAGACUCUCAGUACGCUCAGGUAUGCUAACCGAGCGAAAAACAUCAUUAAUAAGCCAACCAUCAACGAAGAUCCAAAUGUGAAAUUGAUCAGGGAACUCAGGGAAGAAAUACAAAAAUUAAAGUCACUUAUUGGAAAAGAUAUGAGCGUUGAAAGACCACCGCAAGUAUUGUUAGCACAGAUUCAUGAGAAACAAGAGCAGGAGAAAGUGUUAACGGAAGAAUGGACGGAAAAGUGGCGAGAAACGCAACAGAUUCUCCAAGAGCAGAAAGCAUUAGGCCUCCGAAAGAGCGGCGUUGGUGUAGUCUUGGACUCGGAAAUGCCGCAUUUAGUAGGAAUCGAUGAUGACCUUCUUAGCACUGGUGUUACACUUUACCAUCUGAAAGAGGGAAGAACAUUAGUGGGAACGGAAGAAGCACCAACUACGCAGGAUAUUGUAUUGACUGGUGCGGAUGUCGAACCAGAACACUGUGUGGUAGAGCUAGAUAACGGUGUGGCUACCCUUCAUCCCCUUUCUCCCCAUUGCUGGAUCAACACCGCUCAAGUAGAUAAGCCGACACGAUUGUCGCAAGGCUGUAUUAUCCUUCUUGGCCGAAACAAUAUGUUUCGAUAUAAUGAUCCAGCUGAAGCGGCAAAACUGAGAAAGGAAGGUGGAACGGGUAACGGUAACUUACAAUCCACGGUCGUCAAUCUUUCAAGAUUGUCUCUCUUGAGUUGGAGUGUCUCGGAUUUGCAUGCUUCGUCCUCUAGCGAUAACCUUCUAAAUUCGAGUGAAGAUCUCCGAGCACUCGAAGAACUGGAACAGCAGAAGGCUGCCCUUAUCAAGGAAAAAGAAGAUUUCAAGAGGGAACAGGAAGAACGCGAAGAAAGAUGGGCUGCAAGAAGAGAGGCCCUGGAAGGAGCGCAGCGCGAGUUGGAACGUGAAUGGGGAGCCCAAUGGAAAGUAUCUAGGCAACGUGAAUUACGUACACGACGUCACCUCCUGGAGCAAGAACGACGGGACGAAAUGACGCAAGUAGAAAAUUUAUGUAGGGAAGUUGCCUCUCUGCGCACAACAUUGCAGUCCAAGCAUCGUCAGUUUCAAGAGUUCAUGAGCAAUCACGAACGCGCUCAAAGAUUCCAUCAGUGGUGGGAGAAGACGGACGACGGUGCUGGUAGUGACGGCAGUUUGCCAGAAUCUUGGUCGAGUUUGAAUGAUGAUAAAUGCGUUGACGCAGUGAGAGAGCUUGUUAAUCACCAUAAAAAGGAACUUGCUGUUCUGGAAACUGAGCUGCAAAACAAAGUGAAGUCUCUUAAUGAACACCAAUGCAAAGUAGAUAAAAUGGAGGAAGAGUUGAUAGAGAUAGCUAAGAAACAAAAACAUAUGCUUAAUCUGGAAUUGGAGGGAGAAGGAAACACAGAGAAGAAACUGUUACUCGCAAAACGAAGUCAGGAACAGUUACAGGAAAUCUUAAAAAGAAAGCAGAGCCUGUCGUUGAAUCUGAAACGUGCAUUGCCCGCUUCCCCUGGUGAUCGUUCCUUGGGCGGUGAUGAUGUUCUUUUAAACGGUGGGACUCGGUCGUUUCAGGAUGGGUGCAAUAGGAAAUUUCAGAUAGCUUCUGCUUUGAGUCUACUGCCACAUACUAUUCCAAGUUCCAUAGAUACAGCGGAUACUUUUCAUACAGCUGCGGCUGAUUCGCCCGAACCUCGAAUACCUUUCGAAGAUUCAGAAGUAAAAGAUUCUCAGGCACCACCGAAUAAUAAGCAAACGGAAACGGACAAGCAGCAGAAAGAUUCUCCGGAGGUUCAUCUAGAAAGUGAUAGGGCUAAAAUGUGUGAGGCAGAAGGCAAAAGUUUAUUAAAUUUGAAUAGAAAGUCUUCGAUAGAUACAAUCAUUAAGUCAGAGAAAUGUAAUGGUAGCACUAACGGUGAGAAAACAGAAUUGAAAUCUUCGUCAAAUUCUAUUACGGAGGAGGAUAUUCCUGAAGAUUCGCUAGAGUCGCCGGUGCAACAAAAUCCAGGAAUGAAACGAUUGAACCAAAGAAUCGCUCGUCAACGAAUGAUGGUGAUGAGGUGCCUGGAGGCUAACACGCCCUCCAAAGAAGAUCUGAAUAAACAAAUUGCAAUUUUACAAGAUCUCCAAAAGCAGCAAAUAGAAUUAGAAGUGUCAUUGUUGGAGGAUGAACGAAAUAAUCUCAAGCAACAAUCUAAGUCACAGUGUGGUGAAGAGAGAUUGGUAGUCGGUGACGCAAACGAUCGUACACAAAAUGUAGAAACAAUAACAUGUCGUGAUAUGGAAUCCACAACUAACUCGGCUACCCUGUUGACCGUAGCCACAACGCGAUCUCCAAUUCUCAGGAAUCACAGGCCUAAUACUAUUGGUGAGGAGAAUUUGUCGGAAUCGGUUGCUCCUCGAAUUUCAUCAGGAAGAGGAUAUUCAACAGUAUAUUUAACGAGUCAAAAUCGAGGUGAUCGCUUAAGUAGUCCAUAUUCCCUGACAAUUACGAGAUCUCUGCCGUCUUUAAUAGCAAAUGACGCCGACUACGACAGUGUGAUUAACAUGAUCGUUAGUAUACCUUCCUACGUGAUACGUGGAGCUGGCACGUCCAGUCAUUAUGAAUAUGAGGUACGUGUUGUGGCACAGGAUGAUAGCUGGACACUUUUGCGUAGAUACAGAAGAUUUCGAGAGUUGUAUAUUUCUAUGCGUCAAAAGUAUGGUAGCAAAGUAGCAGCAAUACGCUUUCCACCUCGUCAAGUUUUUCCAAGGUAUGAAGUUGUGGCGCGGCAACGUAGAAAACGACUAGAAGAGUAUUUACGGCGGUUGAUUCAAGUCUGUUCGGAAUUGCCACACUGUGAACCUCUCUACAAGUACAACGGCAACUUAAGCAACAUAGAUAAACAAUCGCUGCUGGAAUUUAGUUCGUUCUUCAGGCGUGGAACAUUCGAAAGCAGUAAAUACGGGACAAGUUAAACAUCAAAAGAAUAAAAGUAUAUACGACGAGUGUAGAAGAAUGAACAAAUUCAGGUGAUCGCAUAGAAGAUAUUUAUAAUUCGUUAUGUAUUUUUUAUAUCGAUGAA